GGGCUGGUGCCCCAGGGGACACGGAAAGGUUAUCCGCACUGGCUGAGCAAACAGAGAGCUGACUAUAAAACACCCAGUGGCGCGGGGACGUGCGUUCUGCCGUGGGGUGCAGCGUGGACAUGGGACCUCAGGCAGCCCGGCUCCUGGCCGUUCUCCUGGUCCUGGGGCUGUGGGCCCCGGCAGGGGCCCAGAAACCUUCCCCCUGCCGGUGCUCGCGGAUCAGCCCCCAGAAGAGAGAGAACUGCGGAUUCCCGGGCAUCACCAGCGACCAGUGCUUCGCCUCUGGGUGCUGCUUUGACUCCAAUGUCGCCGGGGUCCCCUGGUGUUUCCGCCCCCUCCCGAAGCAAGUGUCUGAGGAGUGCGUCAUGGAAGUCUCAGCCCGCAAGAACUGCGGGUACCCGGGCAUCAGCCCGGAGGAGUGCGCCUCCCGCAAGUGCUGCUUCUCUGACAACAUUUUCCAAGUGCCCUGGUGCUUCUUUCCCAUCUCCGUGGAGGACUGUCACUAUUAGGAGGAGUCCCUUCGGAGAACCCAGCAGGCUCCUGGAGAUUUGGAAAUGAGGAAAGUCACCAUCUGUUCUCAGGUUUCCCGAGUCCUGACUCAGCUUUCCAGCCUUUCCACCGCUUCCAAGUGCAGCUUCUUCAAAUAAAGAAAAUCCUUAAAAUCUGCUAA